AUGAGCGCUCCCGUAAUGGAUAACUCUUCUACUACACGAUCUAGGGAAGUCGCCCAGCGUCUCUUCCAGACGGUAUGUAGUAACAUGCUUCCUCUUUUGCUCAUAUUUUCCUUGUGCUUAUCUAAAAACUGCGUUUUCUCUGGCCAAUUUUCAGUUGGUCCUCUGGCCAAUUUUCAGUGACCCUUUGAUAUUAUUGUGCCCAGCUUAGCAAAUACUAUUUUAAAAUGCUUCCUUUAAUUACUAUUUUACAUAGUGGUGCCCACUUGCAGCACUGAUUCUUAAUGAUAUAAACGUGCACUUUCAAGCCAAAAAAAAGUUGUAAAAUGGGGGCGAUAAGUCAGCUAGUGGGACAGGGUCUCUUGGUUGAAGUUCCUCCGACUCUCUUGGUCCCUUGUUGGUGCGCUUCUAUUUUGUUGAAAGGUUAAGAAUAAUUAUUUAUGUUGGAAAACAACUGGGUUCUGUCAUAUGUGUCUGUUUUGUUUACUUAUCUGUGGCGUUUGAGGGUUGUUGGCCAUGGCUUUGCCUAUAUUCAUCCUACGCGAUUAUUGUCUUGAUCCAUAGUAUUCCAUGCCAAUCCUUUCAGAAUCUUGAGUUGGAGGAAGCCAGGCGGAAGGCUGUAAAGUUGAAGAUUCCUUCAGAUCAGAAUGCAUGGAGCCAAAUGCGUGACAAUUUUGAGACCAUAAUCUUAGAGGAUCACGAUUUCUCGGAGAAACACGGUGUAGAGUAUUCACUAUGGCAGCUUCACCACAGGAAAAUUGAUGAAUACAGGGCUCAUUUAAGUGCUGCAUCAACUGCUGCGCAGGGUGGGAAAGUUCCUUCGAGACCUGAUCGAACUAAGAAGAUUUUUUCCAGUUUUAAAAGCUUCCUUUCGGAGGCAUCAGGAUUCUACCAUGACCUGAUACUGAAGAUCAGGGCUAAAUAUGGUCUCCCGCUGGGAUAUUUUUCUGAAGGCCCUGAGAACCAAGCUAUUUUGUCAAAAGAUAUUAAGAAAUCAUCUGAUACAAAGAAGGCCUUGAUAUCCUGUCACCGUUGUUUGAUAUUUUUGGGUGACCUUGCACGGUACAAAGGAAUGUAUGGGGAGGGCGAUUCUGCUAGUCGUGAUUAUGCUGCAGCAUCUAGUUACUAUAUGCAAGCUGCUUCUCUCUGGCCUUCAAGUGGCAAUCCUCAUCACCAGGUUGUUCUUUCCUUUUCCUUUUAUUUAAGGUUAGAUUAAAUUAUAUAUCAGCUGUUGACAAGUUAGAUGCAUUAAUUUGCUUUUUCAUUUUCCCCUUGAAACCUAAUUUCUCUUUUUUUGCUUUCAGCUUGCAAUAUUAUCAAUAUGUACUGAUGAGAAUGAGCUUACAACCAUUUACCGAUAUUUUCGGAGCUUGGCUGUGGAGAAUCCUUUGUUAACAGCACGUGACAACUUGAUUGUUGCAUUUGAGAAGGUAUAAACUUGCUUCCUCUUGAUAGAUUACUUGGUAUAGUGCUCUCCUUAUGAUGUUGUUUCAUGCACACAUUUAGUUUCUUGAAUCGUUGGUGCUUUUCUUUGUCAAGACAUUUAAUACCUUUCAAUUCUGUUGGUAAAUAGUUGGUGCGACAUGACUGAAUCAACUCACCUCUUGAAAAUCCGUGUAAGACUAGUUGAUUUUUUUGGCUCUAUGCUCCUCUUUGAAUCUUUUCUCUUGAUCCAAAGCUGCUUAAGGAAGAAAACGUCUCGUAAAACAAUAAUGAAUUUGUGUUUAUUUGUAUUCUAAUGAAGUGUGAUAAUCUGCUACUCAUGAUGUUAGAGCUCCGUCAAAUCGGCGUUCCAAUUCAUCCUCAGCUCCCUGUAGUCUUCUCCCUUGGUUGUUUACCAUAAAUAAUGAUGUUUUUUUCGAUCAGCAGUAAACUGAAUCAGGAGAGCAUUCUCCUGUUGGAAGGAUAAAACAAAUUAAUAUUGAAAAUCAAGGGUUGUGAUUGAUUGAUUGAUUGAAGUAUAAAAUUUCCAUGACAAUAGCCAAAGAACCUCAUAUAAAAUAGUUUGUUCUUGUGGGAAAAGGUAAAGUAGUUAUUGCGACUUAUUCUGUUCUUGGUACACCUACCCUAUAGUGGUCGCUCAUUAGACCUUUAAUGUCUUCAUUGAACUGGCUUAUGUGCUGCAUUUUAUUGGUAAAUUGAUUUCGUUAAGUAUUUAUGCUUCCCAACCUGCUGUUAUGCGUUUGUAAUAUGCAAAUAUGCUAAACUUAUUUGGUGGAUGGGUUUUUUUAAUAGGACGUUUGAGUUGGACUAGUGUCAUUGGAUUGGCCAAUCCACAGAGUGUAUUGAAUGCUCUUCACACGUUAUUUUUUGCUAGCGGUCAUGAUUUAGUAUCUGUGUUUUUCUCUGUUUCUAACCAGUCCUUUUCUUGAAGUCUUCUGUUUGUUUCAUUUGAUCUAAUAUAGCAGGUUUGGCACUAGUUCACAGCUCUUAUCUUCUCUGUUGAGCUCAUAUUGAUAAUCUUAUAAUUAUUAGCCAAUAGCCCUAGUACAAUUCACAUGCUGUGGGUUGGAUUUCCAGCACGUAAAAGUUGACAUGUCUUGUCUUGAUACCUGCUAAUAUUUCUUUGUUUUUGCUUUGUGUUUAAUGCACAAAACAUUCUUGAUGUUGUUUCAUGAUUAUUCUGAAGCUAGUGAUUUCCACCAUCUAUUUGACUGGUUGAACUUAUUGACGCUAAUUUUACAGAACCGGCAGAAGUGCUCUCAGCUUCCUGCAAAUCCCAAAACUAAUCCCCUGAAGAUACGGAUGACUGGUAGAGGGAGAGGUUAUACAGGGGUUCUGGCGAAAAAUGUUAAAUCGGAGGAUGUUCCGGUAAAAGAAAGAGAGCUUGGUGUUCCUGAAAUUUUUAAUGCCUUCUGUAUUCGUUUUGUCCGGCUUAAUGGCAUUCUCUACACACGAACUAGGUAACUUUUCCCCCUUUCAAAUCAUGCCACCUUCAUUAUAAUAGUAUCUGUCAUUGAAAGGUUAACUGUCUGUAUUUUGACAGCUUGGAAACCUUCGGAGAAAUUUUCUCCUCAGCUGUGAACGAUCUGACUGAACUCCUUUCUUCUGGACCUGAUGAAGGCCUUAAUUUUGGCACUGAUGCUGCUGAUAAUGGGAUGUUCCUUUUGAAGCUCGUUGCCAUUCUCAUUUUCUCAGUGUAUAAUGUAAGUAGGGAAUCUGAAAGCCAAUCAUAUGCUGAGAUUUUGCAGCGUUCUGUUCUGCUUCAGAAUGCUUUUACUGCUGCCUUUGAGUUUAUGGGGUCUAUUCUCAAAAGAUGCACAGAAUUGCAUGAUGCUACAUCCAGCUAUCUAUUACCUACAAUUCUGGUUUUUAUUGAGUGGUUGGCUUGCCAUCCUGAUAUUGCUUCUGGUGUUGAAGUUGAGGAAAAACAAGCUUCUGCGAGAUCAAUAUUCUGGAGCUAUUUUGUAUCGUUGAUGAACAGGCUCUUGCUCAGUGGACUUGUAGCCUCUGGUGGUGAGGAAGAUGCCUGUUUCUUCGACAUGAGCAGGUAUGAUGAAGGGGAAACUGAGAAUCGUCUGGCAUUGUGGGAAGACUUUGAACUGAGGGGAUUUGUGCCUUUGGCACCAGCACAGCUCAUCCUAAAUUUUUCUGGGAAGCAUUCUUAUGUCAGUGAUGGGAGUAGCAAGGAGAAAAAGUCUCGCAUCCAGAGGAUUCUGGGUGCUGGAAAAGCAUUGACAAGUGUGGUUAGUGUUGAUCAGAAAAAAAUAUACUUCGAUUCAAAGAUGAAGAAAUAUAUUCUGGGUGAUCAUCUUCCCAGCCAUGAAGAUGAAUUUCAGGCUAGUUACUCAAACUUUUCAAAGCCAAACGGUAUUACUUCGGUUGAAGAUUAUCCUCUUGACAACAAUGUCAUUGCUGGCGGCAUUCAGUCAAAGGCACAGUUGUGCAGUGAAGGAGAAGAAGAUGAGGUGAUAGUCUUCAAACCUACAGUUGCAGAGAAGCCAUCCAAUGGUCUGAAAUCCUCAGUACACGAUGUAGUUCAGCCUUUCCAGGUUAGUUCCCCCAAUGGUCUCCAGCCGAGUGGCUAUGAAAUUCCUCAAUCUGGCCAGAGUUCUUCAAGUGAUUGGCAAAAUUAUCUCAGGCCUCUUUCUGCUCCUCUUGUUGACAAUCCGAAGAGUGCUUUUCCUGCUAGCUCAUAUAUUCACUCGACCCCUGUUAAUACUGUACAGCAGCCUGUUUUGCCUGCUUCAGAAUCGAGUGUUUAUAUGAAUCCACUUCGUGUUAGUGCCCUUCAGCAGCCUCUUCAAUCUGUAUCUGUCGCUAACUCAACUGCCAGUAUCCUCCAGCAACCCCUACAACACGUCAAUCCUACUUCAAAAUGGGUUAUGAAUCAAGAAACCUUCUUCUCUGAUGGGCUGCAGAAUAUGAGAAUUACUGAUGAUGGUUUGGGCUCUCAGAGAGGGAUGUGGGGAGGCUUGUCUGCAAUCCAGCCGACAUUUCCUUCGAUUCCAUUUUCUGGGUCUGCAGUUUCUGAUCAUGGCAGUCUUGUCAGCAAUCAGACGAAGGCUGCAGAAACCAUUAUACCAUCAAAUCUAGAUGCUUUCUUGGCUGCAGCAGCGAGUUCAGAUGGCCUAGCUCUCAGUUCAUCUUCUACAUUGCCAGUGAAUUCAUGGAAAGCUCCAGUGGGUAGGCCAGUUAGACGCCUUGGGCCUCCGCCUGGUUUCAACGCUGUCCCUUCUAAGCAGAAGUUGGAAGAUGCCAUAUCCAGUUCAGUAUCCAAGGACCAGAGUGCUCUGGUGGAUGAUUAUAGCUGGCUAGAUGGAUACUCCUCAGCCAACAACGGUGUGACAACAGUAGAUUCGUUUAAUUAUGCUACUAAUAAUAUGCAACCACAGGUCACUUCUAGCGCUGGCAAUAACCUUAAUGGAGUGAUGAGCUUUCCUUUUCCGGGGAAACAAGUCCCUUUACUGCCGGCACAAGUGGAGAGCAACAACACCUGGGAUGAUUAUCGUCUUAUCCCGCAUUUGAAACAAGGGAAUCAAGAGCCUGGUCCUGUGCUUGACCAAGCACAAUCUCUGUGGCCCAACUACUACGUGUGA